AUGGGUCGCCUCUGCCUCUACCGCCCCACCCUGCUCCCGGGUGGCCUCCUGUUCCUCCUGAUGCUCGCAGAUCCGGCGCUCCCGGCUGGAAGUCGGCCACCGGUGGUGCUGGUGCCCGGUGAUUUGGGCAACCAGCUGGAGGCAAAGCUGGACAAGCCGUCCGUCGUGCACUACCUCUGCUCCAAGAGGACGGAUAGCUACUUCACACUGUGGCUGAACCUGGAGCUGCUGCUGCCCGUCAUCAUUGACUGCUGGAUCGACAAUAUCAGGCUGGUCUACAACCAAAUGUCCCGCACCACCCAGUUUCCCGACGGUGUGGAUGUGCGUGUCCCUGGCUUUGGGGACACCUUCUCACUGGAGUUCCUGGACCCCAGCAAAAGCAGCGUGGGUUCCUAUUUCCAUACCAUGGUGGAGAGCCUUGUGGGCUGGGGCUAUGAACGAGGCAAGGAUGUCCGGGGGGCCCCCUACGACUGGCGCCGAGCUCCAAAUGAAAACGGGCCCUACUUCCUGGCCCUCCGCAAGAUGAUCGAGGAGAUGUACCAUCUGUACGGGGGCCCCGUGGUGCUGGUGGCCCACAGCAUGGGCAACAUGUACACGCUCUACUUUCUGCAGCGGCAGCCACAGGACUGGAAGGACAAGCACAUCCGUGCCUUUGUGGCACUGGGUCCGCCCUGGGGGGGCGUGGCCAAGACCCUGCGUGUCCUGGCGUCAGGAGACAACAACCGGAUCCCGGUCAUUGGGUCCCUGAAGAUCCGGGCACAGCAGCGGUCUGCGGUCUCCACCACUUGGCUGCUGCCCUACAACUAUACCUGGUCGCCACAGAAGGUCUUCGUGCGCACACCUAAGGCCAACUACACGCUACAGGACUACCGCCAGUUCUUCCAGGACAUCGGCUUCGAAGAUGGCUGGUUCAUGCGGCAAGACACGGAGGGGCUGGUUGAGGCCACAGUGCCGCCGGGCGUGCGGCUGCACUGCCUCUACGGCACGGGCGUCCCCACGCCAGAGUCCUUCGACUACGAGAGCUUCCCAGACCGUGACCCAAAAAUCCACUAUGGCAGCGGUGAUGGCACUGUGAACUUGCAGAGUGCCCUGCACUGCCAGACCUGGCGUGGCCUCCAGAAGCAAGAAGUGUCAUUGCAAGUGCUUCCAGGCAAUGAGCACAUCGCUAUGCUGGCCAACACCACUACCCUGGCCUACCUGAAACAUGUGCUUCUCGGGCCCUGA